UGGGGAUGGAGAUGGAGAUGGAGAUGGAGAUGGAGGUGUAAAUGGAGAGGGAGCAGACUUGAGCCUACUACUAUCGGCGAUGACGGGGGGCGAUGCCCAGCUGGUACGCGAGCUGCUGGGGCGCGGGGCGUCGGCGGCGUACGCAUGUGUGAGCAUGCGCGACCGUACUCAUCGGCGAGGACGCCUGCCGGUGUGGGUGCUGGCCGUGGCGAACUGCGUGUGGCAGCUCAUCGAGGUGUUCGCGGCCGAGCAGAAGGAGGCCUACCGGUACUCGCAGGCGAAGGCGGAUGCGCCGCCGGGGCCAGCGGGCUCAAAAGCUGUGCGCGCGCUAGGGGACUGGCUUGCGAUCGGCGACGGGAACGGUCUUGUGUUGGGUGUGUAUGAGGCGAGUCCGAGAGCGGCUGAGGCAGGUGGGAGAGAUACCGAGCAUAAAAGAAAGCUCCAGCACGGCGUCAUCGAUGGCCAGCUCCAGCUCCGCGCAGGAUCGGCUGGGGGGAGGAUAGAUAAUUGGGGGGCGACCUCUGACGGUGACGAGGCGGCGGUGUGGAGGUACACCAACCAGACUGAGGGCGACGAGGAAUCAGGCGAUGAUGACGACGACAGCGAAAUAUGGCAGAGUGAAAGUGGGAGCGAGAGAUCAUUCUUUGCGAUAGACGGGCUGGUGUUUCGGAGAUACUCGUGCACGGCCUCGAGGUUCCUGAGUCUCUGCGAGCAGCGCGACUGGAAUUUGGAUGGCGAGCGGCACAACACGCAACCGCCACCAGAACCGGAUCCGCCCGAGGAUGGCCAGUCCGACGAUAUUACCCACUCGUGGUUGUUUUCGCCCAGGGAGAACCGCCACCGGCCGCCAGUGCAGCUGGACGAGAGACUGCACGUCAGCCUCUCCUGGGAGGGUAGCGAGCUGGGCCUGCCGUUUACCUACAGGGUCUACUAGACUAUAAGCCAGAUUGAAGCAAGAGUCGAAUUGUCUGAUGAAAGCAGAAAAUCUAGCCAAGAUAAUAGGCUCUUUGAUCAUUUUGAUGUUGGGUGCUGUUCAGAGAGAAGGAAUCAUUCCCGUGUUGUUCAACAAGGGAUCAAGCAAAGGCAUAUUACCUGUCACGGCCGGCUUGGAAUGAGGGCGGAACUCCUCUAUUGGGCGCUAUAGACGAAGAUUCUAAACUAAAGGGAAAAGGGAAAAGAAGCUCAAAAGCCUCCCCUCGCGAGAUUCUUCCAGGGCGUCUCAAGGUGGGGCUCU